AUGUUCGAUGCCCAAUCUGAUGGUCCUCCAUCGACCCUGGCUUAUGUGACCAACUUGUACCCCUCAACACAGGCUACUUCAACAUGUGAUACUGCAUCUCACCCAAUUGCUGCGACGGUCAGCAUGUCUUCAGAGUCGUCCGUCCCCAUCCCCAGGGGCCAGACCGCAGGUGAGUCUGGAUACUCGGACCGCUCGAGUUCGCGAUUUAUAGCAACCCCCAACUGCUCCGAUGAUGGACGUCCCGUGGAUCACCCGCUGCCACCCACAACCGCGGAGGAUCCCCCCAAGGUGUCCUUUGAUGAUUUGGCCGUCCGUUAUCGCCAGAACCAGCACAAACAAACCCGCCGCAAGAGGCUGGAACAUCGUCUUCAUGCCACCAAAGUGUCCAUGGGCAUCUCCGCACGCUUGGUUCGCGUGGGAGCCGCCGUCCAGCGCGGCCUGGUCGACCGUCUCAAACAUGACGACAAGGCGAAUUUCAUUGCUCUCUACCAUACCAUGAUUGAUCUUCAGGAGUCUUGUGAUUCCGCAUUCCGGCGCCACUUCCACCGGCAGGACCCGUUGGAAGACUGGCCAUCCUCCCCCGAGGCGGCCGUUGACCGCGCCCCGGAUUUUUUCCUGCAGUUAAGUCCCCAGUCCAGGGCCGAUCUCGUCGGGAUCUUGCAGUCGGUCCGCACCGAUCCCCAGUUCAUCUUCGAGCGCCUGUGCAGCUUGACGCCCGGUCAGCUGGGCGCUCUGGUCUCGUCCUCGGCUCCGUCUUGGGAAACCAGUGACCUUUCGUUCCCUUCGGCCUCGCGGUCCCGGAGCACUUCAUUCCCUAAGCGCAAUCCUGCGUCGUCCAUUCCUUUCAGAGACCACGUUCUCGCCUUUGAGAGAACCGACGCCCUGUCUACUUUGCUGUUUAAUGUCUUCGCCGCCCCGCUGGACUCGGAUGCCCCCGAAGCCCGCUUGCGCCUGGAUGUAUGGUCUUCCGUCUGCGCAAAGCUUGUCGCCGACGGCGGCAGUAGGUAUUAUCCACUCAUCGGCAACAUUCUAGCUGCCUGGUCCAUGGGCAGUGAUUGGAAAGCAAAACCCAGAUUUGAACUGUACCUGAUGGACAUCCUCCAAACGGGCGCCUUCCUGUUGGAACACGUAGAACCUCCACCCGGCCUGAGCUUUGACGCGGAGCCGAUCGACCCGUUGAAGACUGAUGUGGCCGAGGAAUUCUUUGCGUCCGCCGUUGACGGCCUAUUCCAACUACUAGACGACCCGGAUGGAGGACUCCCGCACGCGGUUAUGGAGCUGAGCAAGGCCGUCUUACAGAAAUUGGAUCGCCAGGAUAGCUGUGAUCGUUUUCUCGAGUUCUUACUUGUCCAGUGGUUUUUCUCCAAAUUCCUAUACGGCGCACUAACCUAUCCUGAGGCACAUGGACUUUUGCUUGACUUUUUCAUCAGGAAGGAUGCCCGAGAAAAAUUACUUGGACAGGUCGGACUCCAGGCUUAUUCUCAAGUAUUUGCGAUUCUUCGGUCAAUGCGUCACUUUUCGAUGGCCCGUCCUACCGUCAGACAGCAUGUUGAGCGCAUGCUCAAUCGAUUUGCUCAGGUGCCGCCUGAUCAACAAAUGUCUCGGCAGCAGCCCUCCCACGUCGGCUCCGCAGAGAGAGAAGAUUCGCCAGCAGUUUUUCUAAUGCUCUCUUCCUCCGACAUCCUCAGCCUGCUAAAUGCACUGUUCCCUAGACCAACGCCGUCCAUGUACAAUGUAUCUACUCCGUCGUCUGGCGUUUCCUCGGCGUCUUUUGCCUCCCCUUUGUCCCCGCGAGACAAGCCACUGACACCAUUGAUUGAGCCCGGAUUUUUCCGGCCUGUCAUUGAUACCCACAUGGGACAGUACUCCACGGGCAGGCCCGUUUUCCCACCGGAAAUGGAUUUCCUGUCUCUCCCCGAGAACUGUCUCAGCCGCAAUGCCGAUCGGAUUCGCUUCGAGCUGUCUGAUCUUGGCGACGCCGACGGUCGUGCGAAUUUGGAACCUCCAUCAGCGGAAGACUGGGCUAUUUUCUCAAUCGCACAAGAAGGGAAACGGCUCAUCUGGGGUCUCUUUUCCGAUGGUCAAUUGGACUGCGCAGAGACAUCUGUUGAUGAUGUCCAAUCCACUACCUUGGGAAUGGAAGAUAACUUCGAAGCUCUACAAACUGCGAUUGUGAAACUGAUCCAGGAUAAUCCUGCCAGUGACCGCAGUGAGAUCGGACUGCAGUCCUACAAUCCCCAUCAUACUGGAGGCCUGUCCCUGAAGCAAAGGUUCAACCAGGCCAUGGCCUCCUGCCAUCAUGACUCCGAUUUCAUCGGGGCCCACUAUUGGUGGAACGCUGCCCGCCAACUUGUUCGCAGUGUCGCCAACAUCCCUUCUCGCCAGGCCAAUGACUCUUGGAUUCUAGGCCCAAUGUAUACCUCAAGCAUUCGCUCCCUCCAGGCAUCCCGGUCCGUGAUCGAUCGCUGCGAAAGCGACUUCGUUGCUAUUGAUCGUCACAUGCAGCGACUGCAGCGUACGAUGAAAGAGGCAAUGGCCACCGUGACGAAGUUGCGGGACAAGAUGUGGUACAUUACUGAUGUAAGGAACUCCAUGCGAUACGAGGAUGCAAAGCAUGUGGCUCUUGCGUUGAAGACUAUGAUCUAUUCGGCCCGUCUCCCCAAGCAGACGCCGAACGAGGGCCGAUCGCGCGGCAACGGGAGAUCUCUGGGAGGCUCUCUCUUGCAGAAGCCGGAGUUGCAGGUCAUGAACGUAAUGAAGGCCCCGAGUAGCCAGGCCGGUCCGAACAAACUCUCCGACGAACAAGUCGACCUCAUCCGAAAAUGGUUGUCGCACAACAAUAUCGAUAACUUCUGCAGAGGUGAGGAGCGCAUUCACCGAUUCUGCUACGAAGUGCAGUCGAGUAUCACUCGCCUCGUCGGGGAGACCAUGGCCGAAACCCCGGUGCUCUGGGCGAGCGAGUUGUUUCACAAAGAGAGAGCCAAGUACGAGGGAUCUGGCAAUCGCAGCUUCCUGAGUCUGUCUUCAGGGCUGCGGCCUUUCAGCGCUGCGAACGAGGACGCUGGAUAUCCCUCGCAGACGUACGGCAGCACGCUUCGUCCUUCGGAUUCCGCCUCCAGAUUCUCGCAGGACAUUCCUUCGCUGAACCGCAAGACUUCUUUCCAAAGCGUGAUGUCUGACAAGUGGAGAACUCCGCGAGAGCCCUCGAUAGCGGAUGUUUCUUCCAUGGGAGGCUCGCCCACUCGAGCAGCCUCCAUCUCAACGGGCGAUUCAUGCAGCACGUUUUGGUCGGCACCGCACAAACCGACAAAUUAUGCCCCGAGCACAUCUAGCAUGUAUUCCCGUCCUCCUUCCAUGCUGAGUGACACGGUUGGUCAGCAGCCUCGUCGGAACGAACGUAAAUCGAACGGGAAAAGCGCUUUUCUCGACGAGCUGCGACAGACUCUGACAAGUUUAUUGUUGAGCGAUCUGGGCUCCCCGGUCUGGAGUUGUGGUACGGAAACCGACGCGUGGUUUGGCAAUGCUUUGGACCAGAAGAGAAUCCGAGCACAGAUGAAGAAGCGCACUCAGAUCAACCGGUUCUACGCGGACUGUGACGAACGGCUGCUCCGCCAAGCCAUCCAUCGUACACCGUCAAACGGCCGUAGGAGCAAAUCAGUCGGGCCGUCUGAUCAGGGGCGAUGCGAGGACGCCCCGUCUCCAUACCGAGAGGAUACUGCUGGCCUCGGCAGCGACGAUCAAUCACCGUUCUCGUACACCAUGGUCUUCCGUCGAUUGAUCGAGGUCUUUUCCCGCCACGGCAAUCCCUCUGUCAAAUUGAAAGCUCUCCGUGAUCUGCGGGCACUCGUCAUCGCAUCGCUGAACUCUAGCCACGAUGACAACCCCUCUCCUUUGACCCAAAAGCCCUCUUGCCGCCGGGGGAGUAGGGCCUUUGGUCAAGGGGUAAGACUCACUCGUCAUAGCUACUCGCAGCUCGGAUCUCGGGGGCGUGUCGAUAAAGACACUCUGCACACGCCCACCUCCCCCGCCGCCGAGUCGAUUGUUUUCGGCUCUCGGCCUUCUGACUACUCGGCUCCAACUGAGAAGCAGAUAGUAGACUCCUUGCGGGACUUGCUGCUCGAGGUGAAACCGAAGACCCUGUUCCGGGAUCUGCAAUUCAUAUCGGCGUUUGUUCCGGGUGAUACGCUCAACAAAACCGAUAGUGGAACCGCCUUCCUGCAAUUUGGACUGGCCGCGUUGAGUUUGAAGGAUGAAAUCUGCAAUAGCAUGGUUGAAAUUGCGGAUAACAUCGUUUCCCAGGAGCUUAGUCGCCGUCACCCCCCUCACGGACAUGACAUGAACCCCCGGCCUGGCCAUGGGAUCGAGGACGCCGCGGGGAUGUGGAUCAUCACCGCUAAAGAAGGCAAUCCCAUUGCACAGCGGGAGCUGGCAAUUCUUUACCUCACCCAUCCGGAGCUUCUGCCGCGUGUCACGCUCCCGCUCACGUUGCUUCGGGACACGUUCAAGGCCGAGAUGAUGUAUCGUCGCGACAAGGACUCCAAGUCGGAUCCGCAAAGUUUGUGUCUGGCGCUGCACUGGAUGCAGCUGUCGGCCAAUGGAGGAGAUGAACUUGCGCGGAACCGACUUCGCGAACGAGAGGAAUUCGAUUCCAUCGCCUAA